AUGGAGGCUGUAGCGAAACCAUCGUGCACCCGCUCGCAACAGGUGCUGUCCGGGCAGAGCCAGCAGCAGAUUGCCAUCGAAAUCAUCAGUGAACCGGUGCCCCAACAACAGCAACAGCAGCAGAACCAGCAGCCCCCACAACAGCUGCAACAUCAGGAACUGCAAGCACACGCCCUUCUGCAGCAAUGCCAGCAGCAGCAACAGCAGCAACAGCAGCAGCAGCAGUCAGCAGUUUCGCAGCAACCGAACGUCGACAUCGUGCUGCGCGAGUCGACCCGGGGUAAUUUGGUGAGCCGGAAAAAACCGUCCACCUCCGACGGCAAAAAGGGUUCCGGACACAAGAGCGGCAAGGACGAGCACAAGGGCGAAGGGAAGUCGGUGUACCGGAAGUUCUUCAAGCGCAUCAAAACCAUUCUCGAUGGAGCGGAUCCGGCAGCGAGCAGCAAACCGGAAGCGGAGGACCUGCCCGUUCCGGCCCGCUACUACCCGGACUCGCUCGUGGAACUGACGCGGACGGCGCGCUUCACCGAGGAGGAGAUCAAGCGAAUAUAUCGCGGCUUCAAGGCCGAAUGUCCGACCGGCAUCGUGAAGGAGGAGACGUUCAAGGGCAUCUACUCACAGUUCUUCCCGCUCGGUGCAAGCAGUGGCCAGUACGCACACUACGUCUUCAAUUCCAUCGAUCUGGACCGGAAUGGGUCAUUAAGCUUUGAGGAGUUUGUCGCCAACCUAUCGAUCCUGUUGCGAGGCACCGUGGACGAGAAGCUGCAGUGGACCUUCUCGCUGUACGACAUUAACGGCGACGGUUGCAUCACCAAGGAGGAGAUGAAGGAAAUCGUCACUGCGAUCUACGAGCUGAUGGGCAAGGUGCCGGAAGGCUGCGAGGAGGAACAGGCCAUCAAGGAGAAGGUCGAACGGCUAUUUGAGAAAAUGGAUCGCAACUGUGACGGAAUGAUUACGCUGGACGAGUUUAUCGAAUGCUGCACGAAGGACGAGAGCAUCCGCCGAUCGAUCGCCGUUUUCGACACCAUCUUCUAAGAAAGCCGCGACUGAUGGCGACCUUCCUGACAGUUCCCGAGAAGAAAGAAGAGUUCACGUGAAAAGGGGCGAUCGACGAUGACGAAGCCACGCGGCGAGCAUGUGACACUCACGUGAUGGCAUUUUUCGCCCCAUCGUGGUAGUUUCCUGUACACUUUUCCGGUCGCUCUUCUAGACAAGACCCUCGCCGGAUGCUUUGAAUGUUGCUCAGGCGGAGAUCCACAACGAAUCUU